UGGUGGUUGCUUGCUACGUCACGGGGAAAACUAACUUCACGAUCACAAUGCACAGCUAGAAACCAGAAACCAUCCUCGCUGGGAAGCAUUUGUUCAGAUUAAGGUCUAGCAUAUCUCUAGCGCUCAUGGCUACCGUUCUAGGCUUCCUGUUAUAGGACACCGCUAGGUAGCCUCAAAACUCAAAACGCUUGGAGACUGAAGAUUUUUUCGUAAGGUCCAGACGACAACUUUCCCGAAGAUCCAAAUGGCAGGACACGAGUGGAAUGAUUGGUUUGAACGUGAGGAAUUUAUCGGACAGAUCAGCGACAUUCGAGUGCAGAAUCUUCAAGUCGAGCGAGAAGUAGUCCAGAAGAGGACUUUCACAAGAUGGAUGAAUUUGCAUUUGGAGAAGUGCAAUCCUCCAUUGGAAGUGUCUGACCUCUUCAGAGACAUUCAGGAUGGUAGGAUACUGAUGGCUCUGCUAGAAGAACUCUCUGGCUCGAAAUUGCUUCAUAGAUUCAAGCCAUCAUCGCACCGCAUUUUUAGGCUGAACAACAUCGCCAAAGUCCUGGCCUUCUUGGAGGAGAGGAAUGUGAAACUGGUCAGCAUCGAUGCCGCUGAUGUCGCUGAUGGCAACUCCUCCAUCAUUCUCGGGCUGAUUUGGAACAUCAUACUCUUUUUCCAGAUUAAAGAGCUGACUGGGAACAUCAGGAGCCAGUUCCCCUCCACCUCCAGCCUCUCAUCCCUUCCCAACAGCAGUGACUCCGACACGUCUCACUCCAGCACGCCCUCCGAUGAGCGACCCUCUAUUGCCCCAAGGGAUCAUGGGAGGCCCAUCAAGACACUCCUGCAGUGGGUGCAGCGACGCACAAGAAAGUAUGGUGUGGCCGUCCAGGACUUUGGGAAGAGCUGGACAAGUGGUCUGGCAUUCCUAGCUGUCAUAAAAUCAAUUGACACAAGCCUGGUGGACAUGAGGAGGGCAAUAUUGAGGUCAUCCAGGGAGAAUCUAGAAGAGGCCUUCAGAACUGCACAUUAUAGCCUUGGCAUCCCUCGACUCCUGGAACCUGAGGAUGUCACAAUUAAUGCUCCAGAUGAGCAGUCCAUUAUGACCUACGUGUCCCAGUUCCUUGAGCACUUUCCAGGCUUUGAGGAUGAUAGGUCGAAGAAGGUCAACGGGAAGACGAAAAAGCCUUAUGUGGUGGAGUCAAAAUGGGUCCAGCCCCCGCCGAAGAUCUUCAUCUCCUCUGUGUCUGAGGACAAAGACCAGCCACGCUCCCCCUUGCAGACUCCUGGAUCGGAGGAGUCUUCUGACUCUGUCUUCAGCCCAGUUGGUGAGCCCCAGAGGCGGCCCCAGGACCUGGGGAAGGAAGUGUCCUUCACCGUGUCCAGCUCAUGUUCCCCGCAGCCCUCUUUUGUGGACUCCGUCAUCGACUCGCCGGAUUCGUGGAGCGACAUUACAAGCGAAGCGGUUCCGCCGGAGAAGCUGGUGGAGAGCCAGAGUGAUGGUUCGUUGAAUGAGAACGAGCUUCCGUUUGAUCAGAAGGACUGGCCACCAGAGAAGCCCUCUAAUGGGGAACAGAAGUCACCAGCAGAAAAUGGUAAAGCCACGGAGGAUCAGGUAUUUAAUGAACUGUUCAUUGAUGAGGGAAACUUCUCUGAAAGCUCGGCGGAGAGCUCCCAGACAAAACCCAAGAUUCCCUCAGAGGAAGAGGACGCUUACCAAUACAUCAUGGGUCUGAAUGAUGAAGAAACGGCUGAGCCGUCAUCACCUGGUAACUAUGACAACCCAGAUCAGAUGACUAAUAGGCUUAGCUCAGUCUCGGAAGAAAUGGAAGAAAUGCCUGAAGCACAAAACAAAGAGGAACCGGAGCAGAGUGAUGUCCUCCACAAGGUAGAAGCACAUACUACCUCGUCGCAGAACAAUAUUAUGGAGCCAUCUCCAGAGCUCCGUGGACCAGGACUUGAAGCUGCACUAGAAUGUGAGGACACAUCCACUUUACAAAACCAGGAUGACGACAAACCGACAUCUCCAGUUUCUCCACAGGACAACAUCCCCACAGACACAUUUUGUGAGGAGGAAGAAGACGGUUCUGAGGAGAAGACGGAGGCAAACAUUAACCUGCCCCCUCCAGAGAUCUGUGUAGAACAGGCUUUAACAUCUGAGUUUGAGGAUAAAGACCACCAUGAUGAAAUUCCCUCAAACUCUGUGAUCCAGAACCCAACAGAAGACAAGGAUCCUUCCAGACUGGAAACAAACCAGACUGACGAGACUGAUAACACACAUGACCCAGUCAGUAACGUGCUGGUUACCAAUCAUGGCACAGAAUCUGAUGACCUCUGUGAAAUGACUAGUGGAAAUCCCACAGAAGACAACAGUGGUGCAUCAGACAAGCUUGAUGAAACAGAAGACAGGAGGAAUGAUAACACUUCCUGUGCACCAGCUGAGGAUGAGCAUCAGGACAAGGGCAGCAGGGAAACCCAGGAUACAAACGAGACUGAGGGUGUGACCGUCGUUCCACUGGAACACGACAUCAUCACACCUGAGGCUAUUGGAACACUGACCGAACUCCCUCCAAAAACACCGGCUGAGGAAGAGGAUCCAUGCUCUCCUCUUGCACCCUCAGACCCCGAGAACAAUCCCAAAGAGCUGGAGGGGGCCAUGGAGGAGUGCACUGAUGAUCACGCAUACUUGUCAUGGACGGCAGGGCCUGACAGUGGAGAUGACAUUAAUGAUGCUGUUGAAGAAGGUGAUGAAAGGAGCAGCUCCACAGAGCCUGAGAGCAGGCUGGAAGGACUACGUGGCUCUGACAGUGUGUUCGAGCUCAAGCCAGCACCAGGUGAAGGAAGAGCAUCGGAUUCUGAGGAGUGCCUGGCGGAAAACGGUGAACACUCCAGUCAAGAAAUGGAGGAGGGCAGGCAGCAGGGGCUUGAUGCUAGUUCCCAGAUGCCUCGCUUGAAUAGCUAUCAGGGGGAAGACGUCGGGGACUGUGGUGGCGCAGAGCCGGACAUGCCAAGCAAACUCUGUGAGCUCAUUAAGACUGAUGAAGACCCUGUUGUUGCCAGUGAAAACACAGAGACACUGAGAGGGAAGGACGAAAAUGAAGUCUCAACAAGUGAUGGCCACUUUUCAGAGGAUAUGAAUUCAGAUGGAUUAAAGAUAAAAAGCAAGAAGAUCAAUGAAAUUGGGUGGAAUCCCUACAUCAGCUCUGAUUUACGGAGAGAGUGCAAGUCCCCAGUGACCUGUGGCAUGACGACUGCUGAGCUGUAUUGGCUUCUCUUCCUCUGGAUUGCCCUCUACUGCUUCUUUGUGCUGCCACAGAUCGACAUGAAGACACUGCCACAUCUUCUCCUCAAUCUAGAGGAGUGAUCUUCCUUCUGACACCCAGCUGGCUAACUCUGUGCUAGCUUAUUCCAGCCUCACUAACACAAGGACUGUCUUGGUGAGCACUGCCCAUGUUGUCAGUACAGUGUAUUUGGCAUCUGCAGCAAAUGAAGGCUUGUUUAAUUCCUACAUAAUUUAUGACGCUUUAAAAGUUAAUUAUGUCCGCUUCCUAUGUGGCUUGAAUUCUAAUAUUUCAAAUGUAAAAAUACUAUGUUUGUAAGUUGUGAUUCUGAUGAUCCCACUUUAUAGAGGAUAAAAACAGGGCUCAGCUCAAUGCAGGAGGAUUGUACAGUGCACAACCAGGAUUUUUAUAUAUUUAGAUUGAUUUUGAAGGUUAAAAGUACAUAUACAUGGUUUUUAUUGCUCACCACAAAUGUGUAUAAUUUAAUGAGAAGAACAGAGAUGUCCCACGUUUUUGCAAUAUACAUUCCUGUCAUUAUUAUAAACAAAUAGGUUUGAUUUUUGUGAGAACCUUUUUAAAAUAAAUUUGCCAGAGGCACAAAAGGCAGAGUAGUGCUCUUUAUACCACAAAGUAAAGUCCUUUAUCACACAAUGAAGUGCUCUCAUCUGAAAUUAUUGUUAUUGUAGAUGGGAUUCUCAGAGGCUUUCAGUGUGUCAAUUGCACUUUUAAAAUACAGUACAUGUACUGCCAAAGAUACAGUAUUCAGGUAGCUGAUAGGCUGGACUUUCUUUGCUGAAAAUGUAAAAUUAACUUUGUCCAUGAAUUCUCACAUAUACUUUAAUAUUGGAUGGGUGGGUCAGAGGUGACUAAGUUUGUGUACUAAUAUUUUCUUGUAUAUUUUGCAAAGAACUAAAAUACAAAAAAAGUUUAAUGUUGAUGGAUCAUAUGUAAAGCGAACAGUGUGUGGUAUGGAUGUUUGGAAUGUUUUAUUAAAUUCAGUAUGAUGUGUAUUUGUCUAUAAAAUUUUAUAAAUCCAUGUGUGUGAUUCAGCAGUGCUUUGAGUAUGAAAUGAGAUGUACCCUCGUUAUCAUGAAAAUGAACAGAGAUUGCCUUUUUAUUGAUAUUUUUUGACAUUCCUUUUUGAAAUCUGUAUUCAUUUAAAGCCUUUGGAAAAUAUGAUUUACUUACUAAUUAUCUGAAUGUCAUAGUUUACAGCUUGCAUAAUGUUGUAAAGCUCUUUGGCGAACAUUUCAAGUACAAUAUUCCAGUUCUCUCUGUUUGUGUAUUUGUGUGUUGCACAUGUGCAUAUACUUCCAAAGAGGGAAUACAAAGCUGAAAUGGCCAUUUGUCAUGGCCAAUUUGAAUUGAGUGCUAAAUACAAAGAGCUGUCUGUAUGAAUUGUGUUGAAACAGUUUUAUACAUUUUAAUUGGAUACAAAAGCAUAGCCACUGUUUGAUCUUCAAGUCUGCAUGAUUAUGCCUUCGAGACACAAUACACCAGACUUAAUUCUGAAAGAAUUGACCUAGUAAACUAUAAUACCUGCAUCUUGCUUUUGUAUUGGAACUGACAGGCUGUUCUAUUUGUGUCAAAAGCAUUGUUCAAGUGCAAUAAAUGAAACGUUUUGCCCUUUG